AUGCAGCCCACUCGUAGAAGUACUAGUACCGGCUUGCCGCUUUUCGUGCGUCAGAGUCGGCCGUGCCUCUCGAAGCCACUCAAGGCAAGUGUCUCUCUCGAGGGACAGAGGGCGAAGCGACACAGGCGAAGGACCCAGACCAAAGGCGAAGGACAGAGAGGAAGGGCGAAGGACAGAGAGGAAGGGCGAAGGACAGAGAAGAAGGGCGAAGGAGAGAGAGGAAGAAAGAAGGACAGAGAGCAAGGGCGAAUGACAGAGAGGAAGGGCGAAGGAGAGAGAGGAAGAAAGAAGGACAGAGAGCAAGGGCGAACGACAGAGAGAAAGGCCAAAGGACAGAGAGCAAAGUGCGAAGUACAGAGAACGAGGGCGAGCAAAGGGCGAAAGGAUAGAGAGCAAAGGGCGAAGGACAGAGAGCAAAAGGGUGAAGGACAGAGAGCAAGGGCGAAGCACAGAGAGCAAACGGCAAAGGACAGAGAGCAAAAGGGCGAAGGGGAGAGAACAAAGGGCGAUGGAAAGAGAGCAAGGGCGAAGGACAGAGAGCAAAGGACGAAGGGCAUAGACCAAAGGGCGAAGGACAUAGAGCAAAGGGCGAAGGACAGAGAGCAAGGGCGAGGGGCAGAGAGCAGGGUCGAGGGGCAGAGAGCAAGGUCGUGGGACCUGCUAGAGCACCAAGACAGGCACAAGGAGUGCCAGGCAGCAUGGGGGCAGAGCAUCUCCGGGUGGAGUGGUGAGAGUCCGGACUGCAGCAGUGCCACGGGCCUCGCGUGCGAUCCCUCCGGCAUGAUCGUGAUCAUGUAA